AUGACGUCCUACUCGGCCGAUCCAGCUCUGUACAUCUUCACCUCCCUCACCGCCGGCUCCUCACAUAUAGUGACGGCAACAUCGCGGUUAGAGACUAUCUUGAGAGCCAAUAGAGUUCCUUUCAAGGCAGUCGAUAUUGCUACGGACGAGAAGGCACGCAUGCUCUGGGGCCGGAGGGCUGGCAAGGAUGAGGGUGGCCGCCUGAGGAAACUUCCUGGCCUGGUGCAAGAGGGAUUGGUACUAGGCGAUCUUGUCGAGAUUGAGGAUUGGAACGAAUAUGGCGAGCUCAAGCAACACGUCAAAAUUUACUAUGACGAGCACACAAUCCCGAACAUCAACAACAAACCCCCCGAGCCAGCGAAAACCUCCAAGUCGGUCGCAAAACUCGCUGUCGUCAGCAGCAGCACGGCCGAAGCUCCUAAGACGGCAACGCCCAUACUCGAGUCUAAAGCUGCCACGGAAGCUGCCGCGAUAUCCAAGGCUGGCCCCGCCGAGUCCGGCAAGGAAACCACGACAUCAAUGCGGUCCGUCGCCGGUGAAGCUGCACAGAAGGCAAAGGAGCUGCAUCUGAAAAAUCUUCGCGAGAAAGCACACGGCAAAAAGGGAGACGACGGAGGGUCAGAUUCGUCGAGCAAGACGACAACAUCAGAUUCUAAGCCUGAUCAGGAAGAUGGGGAAAACAAAGCCAACACCGAAGAUGGAAAACCACCGGGCUUGCAGUCUCCUAUCAGCACCGCUUGGAAGAACCUGUCCGGUGAUGACGCUCUUCGCGAAACCGUGCAGAGCCCAACCAGUGGCAGGUGGCGGCCAAACUCGGUAGAUUCGAGCGGCUUCCAGGCACGUCUAAGGGCAAAUGUCGUGACCGUCAGUCCCGAGGAAAUAAAACGCAUUGAGGGAGAGCAAGAAAUAAAAGAGGAGCCAGAAUUAGAGAGGGAGGCAGAAGAGAAGGACAAGGUUGUGAAUAAGGGAGACGGAGGAGCGGAACAUGUAUGCGACAGUAAAGAAAAAGAUGAAUCUGAGGAAGAUAGAGACGAAGAUAAUGGGGAGGAUGAAGAUGAGAAUAAGAAGGAUCAAGCAAACGAGAAGGAACGAGAGAGGAACGAAAACGAGAACGAGAAGUUGGGCAAAUAA